GGCAUCCGAAAGCUUCCAGUCCAUCACGCCAGGAGAUAUAUACAUUCAGGGUAUGGAAAAAAGAACUACUGGAAGAUAUGUCCUUCCAAUCACAGCCCUCCUGGGUUACUGUAUCGUGUUGUCUUCUGCUGCAAUAAUUCCAUCCAUUAGAAACCAAAACAGAUUUUGGAGAAGAGACUUGUCAGACGAGUCCCUCAAUGAUAAACAGUUGGACCCCUUCCUCCCAAGAUCAAAUUCGUGGAGCCAACAGCUUCCCUCUAUUACAUUACAUGACUGGAGCCUCAAAAUGUUGUCAUCUGACUUCCUACCCAAUGAACCAGCAGAGGAAAGAGGAAGGAAGUUGAUCCUUCCAUCUGCUAGCAGACAACUCUUGUUUGGUUCCAAUGAUGUAACUAGAAAAGUAUUGGCAGACAGCCAAGGGAUACCUGACCAAAGAUGGCUGCCAUCGUGGCCAACCAAUGAGGGUUUAGAAAAGAGAAAUAUUGUGGUAGCUGAUGAUGCUGCAUUCAGAGAGAAAAGUAAAAUGCUUACUGCUAUGGAGAGACAAAAAUGGCUGAACUCAUACAUGCAGAAACUUCUAGUGGUAAAUUCCACUUAA